AAGUUAUACGUGAUAAGCGGAAGUGACUGCUCUGUAUAUCGUGGGCUGUGUUUAUAGUAGUAAUGGCAUCACCUCAUUUGCAAAGAACUCGUAAUCGACAUUCUUUGAGAUGUGUUAAUGAGAUGAUUUGUUAACUAUUUUUAUAUGAAUGGCAUAGUUUGGACAAGACGAACUUUUCUUGGUAUUGUCCAUAGUUCAUCAUUAAUUUCAAAAUGGCUGCUGUCGAGGGCCGAAAUACCAUCGCAGGCUCCAAUGUUAUGGCAAGUCUUGACGGACGCUCUCAAGAGGAACUUGAGGAGGAGCACGAAGGGCAUGGUCAAGAUGGGGAAACAUCCAAACCUUUGAGCGGUGGAUCUGCAGGUGGGCCUAUGGUGUCUCUCCGUGAGCGAGACCGUAAAAUUGGCCAUCGGCGUGUGGAUGAUGCAGGUGUAGUCACAUACAAAAAGAAACCUACUUCGGAGUUGAUGCAAGCAAUCCAGCUUGGCAUCGGACAGAGUAUAGGAGGUCUUUCAUCAAAGCCAGAAAGAGAUGUUCUAAUGCAGGAUUUUGCAGUUGUUGAAGUUGUAUUUUUCCCAAGCGAGGGGAGCAACUUGACACCUGCACACCAUUGUAGUGAUUUUCGCUUCAAGACAUACGCUCCAAUUGCAUUUCGUUAUUUCCGAGAUUUAUUUGGAAUUCAGCCGGAAGAUUUCAUGCUUUCAUUGUGUGAUGAACCACUGUCUGAGCUGUCAAAUCCUGGAGCAAGUGGAUCUAUCUUCUACACAACUCAUGAUGAUGAGUUCAUCAUUAAAACUGUUCAGCACAAAGAAGCAGAUUUUUUGCAGAAACUUCUUCCAGGAUACUUUCUGAACAUCAGCCAGAACAAAAGAACACUUCUACCAAAAUUUUAUGGCCUCUACUGCUACCAGUGUGGUGGAAAAAAUAUACGAUUUGUUGUGAUGAACAAUCUGCUGCCCUCAACAGUAAAGCUACAUGAAAAGUAUGAUCUAAAGGGCUCAACAUAUAAGAGAAAGGCUUCUAAACAUGAAAGAGCUAAGUCUGUUCCCACACGGAAGGACCUAGACUUUUUGGAACUUCAUUCUGAGGGACUUAUGCUUGAGCGUGAUACAUAUGAAGCUCUUAUCAAGACACUUCAACGUGACUGCAGGGUGUUGGAGAGUUUCAAAAUCAUGGACUUCAGCCUUCUUGUUGGGGUCUACAAUCUUGAUCAAGCAGCCAAGGAAAAGAGCAAAUCACAAGCUCAGUCUGCAAGCAGUGAAACAAGUACAGGUGGUCCAGAUCCAACAUUCAAUUCAAGUGAUGCAAAGCCCGUUAGAGGAAUGUCGUUAUCAAGAGGAAAGUCUUUUAAAACAAGAAUUGGACAGUAUUCAACACCUAUGGAAUCCAUACAAGCCAAUUCAGACAUAGCAGACAAACUGGAUGACGAAGAUGUUCCACCAGGUGGAAUCCCAGCUAAAAAUAUCAGAGGAGAGAGGCUACUACUGUAUCUUGGUAUCAUUGAUAUAUUGCAGUCUUAUCGUCUGAAGAAGAGACUAGAACACACCAUGAAGGCAAUGGUGAUAGAUGGGGAUACAAUUUCAGUUCAUCGACCAAGUUUCUAUGCUCAGCGCUUCAUGAGUUUCAUGGCAACACAGGUCUUCAAAAAAGUUCCCACAGCCUUGAAGCAUUCUCCUUCAAAGAAAAAGGGAGCAUCUGCACGAACAAGAACACAGACCUUGACAGAUGAUGGUGGUAUGCAGCUAACAAAGAUUCCUGAUAAGGAAAAGACUUUACGCACAAUAAGUUUUUCGGAUGAGCAAGCAGCAACUGGUGCUGUUGGUGGAAAGCCUGACCUUUUACCAGAUACUCAAGCUACCAGACUUACAGCUGCCUCACCAGUUUCGGGCCGUUUGUCAGCCGAUCGACUUUAUCAGUCCCAGUCUUCAAUCAAUGGAAACAUGGACAGUCGGAGGCAGCAGUCAUAUCCACAGUUGUCUUAUUUUCAACAAAGUACAUAUAAUAAGAUGAGAUCUGAGAUGAUGUCUUCAUCUAAAUACCCGUCUGAGGAGAUGGUAGGCCCAAGCCUGCGGUACACAGGUAGCAGUCAUCGUAGCUCACCACCACUGAGUCUGUCAGAAUCAACACCAACUCACACAGAUCAUACGGAGGGCACUCCCAGCUUCACAGCAUCAAGUCCCAGUUGUUCAAGUGAUGUGCUUGAUGUUAAUCCCAGUUCCGAUUGUGGUCUUUCACCAUCAUUAAGCCCUCAUCGAAUGUCCCCUAGUCGAUAUCAUGUGAUGGAUACUGCGUCACUGAGCGAUGGGAACUUGGACAUGACCUCAAACAUACACACAGAAAAUUUGGAACAAGGUUCAGAAAAAGAAGAAGUGACUCAUUUAUAGCUUGGCUGCCAAUAACCAAGAGAAUCUGCACUGCACCAUGUUUCCAGAAGUCUGCAGCCUGUCUCCCAGCUCUGUGAUAAUGUUAUUCUAAUUUGUGCAGCAGCUGCAACGUAUUCAAUGUCAGUCGCCCCUCUCUAGGUUCAGUGAUGUGGGCAUGAUAAUUGUAAGGACAACUUAGCUGUUGACAGUCAUAUCUGAAGCAUAAUGCUUCACACUAGCUUUAGAGUUUUCAUCAGCAUCUCUAGCAGGAUUUGUAUCACCGAGCCCUUUGAGUUUUCAAGGACAAGAAAAACAGGAGAAAUCCAUACUGUUUGUUCCCCCCAUAGCAUUUUAUUAUUUAGUUUAUCAACAUUUGCAUAGUUCCUUAGAAUUCAUAACUAAUAAUUUAGCAGUUCUUGUGAAAAAAUUUUAAAUAUGAAUCCUAAGAAUGCCUUUUAAUGGCUUGUCUUAGCACUACAUUCCUGAAAGUGAAACAGGAAGUUAUGUUGAUGAUAAUUCCACUGUAUGCUAGCUUGGUCUUCACACCUGUUUGGUGCCAAAGGUUAAGAACUUUCUUUUUUUGUCUAGUAGUGAAAAGGAAUUGUGUUGGCACUGACAGUGCAUGGAUAAACAGUGAUUGCUUUAUAGAAUGUAAGCUGUCGUUGUCACAUGGAUAUCAUAGUGAUUUGUCUGCACACAGCUUACAGUAUAUUGUAAUCAAAGUCUUACGGCCACAGAACAAUAAAGAAAUGUGUUCCAUUUAAAGUAUUAAAUUGCAAAACAGUUUUUUUGCCAAAUUUUAAAUUAAAUUGUUUUUAAACAGUAUAAUAAUUACUGCCACAUUUCAAAUAAUGAUGACUCUGCCAAGUUGGAGUUUUACACAUUCAUGGAUUUUGAUGAACUCUUUUCUGUCUCAACACCUGAACAGUGCGAGUUAAUGCUUCCUUACCAUAACAUCUUGCUGAUCUUUAUUUGUGGCCUGUGCUGAAGUAUAUUUUAGAGAGGGGUGCUAAAGUGUCACAAGAUACAAAAAAUGAAUUAAUAUGAUUUUUUUUCUUUAAAGAUUAACAGCUGUUGGGUGCCAGAAAAAGCGAUAAAAUGAAAGUAUAAAGGCAACAAACCAGGUGUAAGUUGUUAUCAGACAGGAAUCUCUACAACUUCUUGUUUUAAAGCUGUUUUUUACACAAUUUCAAGAGUGUGUGUAUAUAUCUAUAAACAUAACCAGUUAACAGCAAGAGCAGGGGAGAAGGUGAGACCAAGCUAUAAUUAAUAAUAGGUCAUACAUAUUAAUUCAUGUACUGUAAAACCUGCAAUGUGGGGACACUCUUUGCUCAGUGAAAAACUGUCCCUACAUGACAGAUUCUCUCUCAGAGGUUUCCACAUUUUCAAAGCCAGAAAUAGCAUAGGCUUUCUCAAAAUAAGAUGGUAUAAAAGCAGCUUUAUUACAGUGCAAAAUAUGCCCCAGCACAUCUUUACAAAAAUAUAACAAAUGCUAAAAUUAAAAAUAUGUUCAAAGGGAAUUUUUUAUUUAUUACUGUUACUAUUUUACUUCUGUCAACUGUCUUGCUAGCUGCCUGCAACCACUGCCAACCAGGGAAAACUCAAAACAAAUCUGCCUCUGAAGUUUAUCUGAUAGUUAAUACUGAUAGAACUCAACUUCCAAUUUGCUCUCUUUGUUCUGAACAGUUCUAGCUCACUUCUCAACUAACCUCUCUCUUCCAACAAACCCAUCUCUCCCAGUGAGCAUCUCCCUUUUGUAUCACACUUCUUGUUUGCAUCAUUCACAGCCAUUCAGACAAUGAAGUGGAUGCCAUUCACAUUCAUUCAGUUGAAUAGAGCUGGUAUCAAAGCUGGCCUCAACCACAGAAUGCUUAAUGCAACAAAGUAUGUUAAUCUGUAGCUUUAAUACAUUGCUUCAUCUGGACUUUGCCUGAUCUAAGUGCUUAAUAACUCUGACACAAUUCUGAGAUAUAAAGUUUUCUCAUUUGAAUAAAAGAGUCUCAAUACUUUGCUUUUUUAAAAUAAAAUGACCACGCUUUCUACUUUCUUAACAGGAAGUCACUGCAAACAGACACAACAAACUGUUCAAGAACUGACAAAUACAUGUACCUCCAGUCUACACCCACCAACAUAAACCAGUGGCAUUGCACUAUUUGAAAAUGGACAACAUUGCUGUGAAACUAAGCAAAAAGUGCUACUCAUGGCAUAAAAUGAGGAAUUUUGUCCCUGGAAUCUCUAUCCAAAUCAGAGUUCAUCAGAUGUCUGUUGAUCAAAAGUUGUUUUGAGUUGAAAACGGAUUCAUAAGUACAAAAAGUGUCCCAACGUGAGGUGUCUGCUGGUCAGAGGGGCUGCACAUGGCAGGUUUUACUGUAAAUUUCUUACAAGCUACAGCUUAUAGACCUGAUGCUGAUACACAUUUUAAUUUUGCAUACUCUGUCACCAGAUUAUACCAUUUAUUACUAGAAAUUUACUGAUAGUAAUGUACAUUGUAUUGCAGUCAUAAUUGUUAGUAAAUUUUCCAUGCUACACAGUUGGCAGAAACAUCAGUUUCAUUCUUUCUCUUAUGAUUAUACAACAUCAUUUUGACUACAGACUGGCAGGAAAGUAGAGCCAUCAAGUCAAUCAUAUUGAUUGAUUUUUCUGGUUUCAAUCAUGUCAGAAAAAUAGCAGAGAGUGAACAGACUUUCCUGAGUGGUCUAUAGACACCCUAGUGCUCUGGAAUAUUGUCAUACAUGAUAAAUAUAGUGAAUAUCACUCCACUUCCAUAAUUUUUUUAAUUCUCAAAGUAAAUUGUGCCAUAAAUUUUGUCAUGAUUCAACUGAAUGACAUUUUAAUGUCAACCUUUCAAGAAAAGGAUAUAUAUAUAUGCUCAUCAGAAGCACAUGAGCAUGAUGUCAGCAUUCCUUUAGAUAGCAGCAUGUAAACAGCCAUGCAUAUGUAUGUUGUACAGUAAGAUAUAUUUAAAGUGCUAAUUUAUGAUUAUUAGUUGCCAUGAGUGGAGAAAGCAUCAUAUGUGUCAGAAAAUGUUGAUGUCUCCUGUUUAUACUAAGGGGAGACAGUGGUGAUAAGUGGCGUUUGGCUAUGAAGCAGAAGGCAGCCAUUUCAAGACUUGCCUUGGUCUAACUAGACAAUUUCCCAAUCCCAUUCGCCAUGGUACCACGACUUAUUACAGAAAGUAAAAGGUUGCAAACCAUUAACAGUGGACCUACCACAUGCAAAUGAAACUAAUCUUUUUCCAUCAAGUCCUAACAUAUCAAACAUCUGGUGUUGGUGACUACAGCAGGAGAUGUGAUCAACUGCUUACAGAUGUGUGCAUGUUACCACUGUUGUCCAUGUAGAUGGCUGAACAUACUGGAUCAUAAACAGGCAUUGCUUGAUAUCAUGCAUGCUGGGCUUUUAAAUCCUCACCAUUCACACUCAUCCUUUUUUUCGCAGGCACAAGAGUGAUAUGUAUAACUAGUUUUUAUUUGUAUUAAUUAUUAGACUAUUUUUCUAUAUCAGGUUUGUAAUUUUAAUCACUGCAUCAACAUAUUGAAAUAAUUCCGAUUACUCAUUUCACUGCAUGUAUAUCCCCCCAACCACCACCACAACCUGACACACACACAAACAAAUGCACUUGCAGACAUACAGAUAUGUGCCAGGCAUUGUUUUAUGUCAGCUGAAUAGGUCACUUUAGUCAGUCUGUGAAUUCACACACUGCUAGCUAGAGUCAUGUGUAGUUAAUAUACUUGU